AUGUGUGUUGCAGACUACUUGCCUGACUUCACUGGCAAACUCCUCGGAGAUGGUCGUUAUGAGCUGACGAAGCUCCUGGGCGCUGGCGCCGCUGGAGUUGUCUAUACUGCUCUCGACCACCACGCCCCGACCUCAUCGAGCGGGGCACCUCUCGAAUGCGCUGUGAAGAUUGUUCAGAAGGCUGGUCCUCUGGAUUCGCAGACAUGGCAGCAGCGAGAGGAAAUCAACAUUCACCAACUCGUGUCGGACGUUCCUCAUGUCCUCACGUUGCACGCCACUUUCGAAGACGCUCAGUUCUUCUACCUCGUCAUGGAACAUCUCGCGGGCGAUAUGUUCCAAAUACUCUACCGUGACGAGCUGCUGUACGCGGGCAACGACGAGCUGGUCCGUUCGGUGUUCGUACAAAUCCUGGAUGCGAUACACGCGUGCCACGAGCGCAAGGUGUUCCACCGUGAUCUCAAGCCGGAGAACAUCCUCUGCAACGCCGACGGAAGCGAGGUGUACAUCGCUGACUUCGGGCUGGCGACCCGACAGGCGCUCAGCUAUACCUUCGGGUGUGGCACAUCAGCCUACAUGAGUCCCGAGUGCAUCGGAGAGGAGUGCGAGCGUAACGCCUACUCCACCCGCCAUGGAGACAUUUGGGCCCUAGGCAUCCUCCUCAUCAACAUCAUCACCGGGCUCAAUCCCUGGGAAUUGGCCGUGACGGCAGACGAAGCCUUCAGCGAGUUCAUCGUCGACGAAGAUCACUUCGAGCGCGUGCUCCCCAUCUCGAAAGGGGUCAUCCGCAUCCUGAAGCAGAUCUUCGCCAUCAAUCCGCUUGCACGACCUACCAUCCCGGAGUUGCGCGAGCGCAUCCUCGAGCUUCCCACCUUCUUCCCGCCAAAGAAGGAGGAUGCCAGCGCAAAGAAGGACAUGCAUGCACCCGUCGGGUCGAGUCACGCUACGCCCAAGGUCGAGGCGAUCGACGGAGAUGUACAGGAGGAGAUCGUCGAAGUGGAGGUGGACAUCGGCACCGUGGACCUCUUCUCGUAUGGUCUAGACGAAGGCUAUCCCCGCAGUCUCACCGACUCCGCGUCCACCUCCUCCUCGGGCAGCGAGAGCCGGGGUCCUGUUACGCCCGACGAAGACCCGCAGCUCCGCGUCGACAUUGACGUCUCCGGAUUCGCGGAGGACCUGGGAGAGGCGCUACGGCCCCUUGUGGCGAAGGCGAGGAAGCCAUCCGCUGACCACGCCUCGCCCGCGCUCAACGUGCUCGAGCGCCUCGAGAUGCUCGUUCUCGAGUAA